UAUGUUCACGCCCACUUAAAGAUGGCGGCAGCUCCUUCUUCAAAGAAAGUGGAGGAAUACGAAACUUUCUUUAACGAGAGACUUGCAGUGGAUUUGGAAAACACAUUAGCCGAAAGAGACAAGAUAUACGAAGAGAUUUCGGAGUACAAUCAGCUAAAGAACUUUAUAGAAAGCACCCCAGAGGCAGGCCCAAUGAAGACAAUGGUAGACAUUGGUUGCAACUUUUACAUGAGAGCCAAAAUAAAAGACCCGACCCACAUCAGUGUAUUAGUGGGGCUAGACAUAUACCUCUUUAUGACGAGACCAGAGGCACUCAGAUUCAUUACUGUGCGUAAUAAACACCUUUAUGACAAGGUCGCCAUUUUAUCAUCGAAAGCAAGCGAUAUUAGAGCAAGAAUGACACUCGUAUUAGAAGGACUCAGAGAAAUACAGGGAUUGCCUGCAGAGGAAAAGGAGAAGCCACAACGAGAAGUCUGGUAGUGAUUGCACCACGAACAUUUUAAAAUUGAAAGAAUCAUGUACAGUGUACUCUCUUAUACUAUUCAGUUAGAAGCGUUACAUCAUUCACAAUGAAUCGUUUAAUUA